AUGACAAUGGGCACUCAGGCGGAGCUCAUUACGCUGAUCGUCCAAAAGCUUUAUAAGAAUCCAUCCAUGAUGCCAGCUUUCACUGAUCUUUAUUAUGGCUCAUACAAGCCCGUUGCUGUGUCAGAAGUAGACGACACCCCUAUUGUAGAUACGUUCCUUGUUGAGCGUAUUGUGGCAUUGAAUGGCUUUGGCUGUCCUCUCUUGUCUCGCGAGUCUCAUAAACGUGCCAUGACAGGCGAGGCGCAACUGGACAAUGACGAGCACAAUGCUCGGCGUUCAUUUAUUGGCGAUAUGAUGGUUGUUCGUGCCACACAAGAUCUCGCUGCGGACACAGAAAUCACGUUCUGGUAUCAAUCACCCCUAAACAACGAUUCCAAAGAGAAACAGAUGGAUCUGCGACACUGGGGCUUCAAGUGUACCUGCAUAAUAUGCCAAGAUGUCCAAAAUACUGAGAACAGCAUUUUGACAACGAGAAAGAAACUCACGGCUGGUUUAGUGAAAGAUUUCCAAUGCCGCAAGAAGCCAAGCACAACUAAAAUCGAGGCCAUACUUUCCAAGCUUGAGGAAACAUAUCGACAGCCAGCCUCUGAAGUUCCUCGUCUCAGCCUUUGGAAACCGUAUUUGAAUCUUGCAAUGCUCUACGCAACGCAUGAGCAGCCACAGAAAGCUAUAGAGUUCGCACUGAAAACUCUGGAAUCGCUGGGCUACGUUGUUGAAGGCGGGCACCUUCCCCAUACCUCGGGUACACCACUGCUGGUCAAGAAAUGGGGAUUAAUGACGGAUGGUCUUGUCGGGUGUUGGAUGAGCCUUUCCCGCGCUUAUCGACUGGUAGCCCCUGACCUAGUACUGAAAGCGGAAGGGUAUGCUAGGAUUACAUAUAGGAUCUGUGUCGGCGAAGACGAAACGUUUGACGAGACCUACACGCAGCUAUCGGAGCGAUCAGAUGGUUUUCUUGCCUAG